AUGGAUUCAAUGAAUACAAAUCAAACUGGCUCAAGUGUUAGCGGCUUGACUAGAAAUGAACAAAUAUUGAUAGCGCACGUUGUUUUAUCCUUAAUUCCAUGCCUUAUCACCAUUCCCCUUGGUAUAUUCAUUGCGCGCUUUCUUCGUAAAAUUAUUCCGUCAGCGUGGUUUCACUUACAUUGGAUAUUACAAGUUGUUUUUUCUACAAUACCUACUAUUGUCGGAUUUGUAAUAGUCCAUCAUUUCAUGGAAAAAUCUCACUUUAACUGGGCUGAUGUACCACAUUCGGCAGUCGGACACGUUUUAACUUUCGCAAUUGUUUUCGAAGUCAUUUUUGGCGCUCUUUACACUACUAAAUGUCAUGUAAAUAAACUACGCAUAGUUCACAAGUUACUUUAUACUUAUUCUUGCGCUAGUAGAAACUGUGCUUGGUAUUAUUCUAUGGGAAGUGUCAAAUAUUUGGCUUUAUCUUUUCUUUGUAUGGAUUGUGCUGCUAGCUUUAAUCUUUUUGAUUGCUAA